AAUCCCGCACUCUGCACUUACUCCCGCCUCUGUUGCCUUGAUCCAAACCAAAGAUUAUUCGGACAUUAAUCAAGUUUCGUAGAAAAAUCAGUUGAUGGGAAAGGAAAAACAUGGUGAUGAUGCUUCAAUGCCGGCUGAAAUUGGCUCUUCUGAUCCUGCGUAUAAUGGGUAUCCAAUUUCGAAACACCGUUCAUGCUGGAUUCAUGUUGUAGGGUAUUUGAGGGGAUGCAGGAAGAAGAUAAGUAAACAGGAGCUUUGUGACAUUAAAUUAACUGCUCCAUGUUUUUUAGAUAGCAUUCAAUCUCGUGCACGAUCAAACAGGCGAUUUAAGAGCAAGAAUUCAAUAUUUAAACUGAAAAACAAGCUAGACUCUGGAUCAUUUGAGUGUUAUUUAAGGACCAUAUGGAGCCGCUUCCCAGAAGAUAAGCAGACUCUGUUUACGUACUUAGAUUGUCAAUGGUUUGCAUGGUAUAGGAAAGCAUAUUAUCGAAAAAAGUUUCUAUCUUGGAUUAAGAGGAAGGAGAUAUUUUCGAAGACAUAUGUUCUUGUUCCGAUAGUUUGCUGGGAUCAUUGGAGCCUCUUAAUCUUCUGCCAUUUUGGUGAAAGUUUGCAAUCUAAAACCAGAACACCUUGUGUGCUGUUGCUGGACUCUCUACAGAUGUCGGACCCGAUGCGUCUCGAACCAGAUAUAAGAAAGUUCAUGUUUGACAUUUAUAAAACCGAAGGCAGGCCUGAGAAUAAGCAGACGAUUUAUGGAAUUCCUCUUUUGGUCCCUAAGGUGCCACAGCAAAGAAAUGGUAAAGAAUGUGGGAACUUUGUUCUCUAUUUCAUAAAGUUGUUUGUCGAGAGCGCCCCGGGGAACUUUAGCAUCGAGGACUACCCUUACUUCAUGUAAAAGGACUGGUUCGAUGGUGAAGCUGUGGAACGCUUUUGCGAGAGGAUCAAUUCUUCGGCAUGCAAUUUUUGUUAGUUUUAUGUUUACAACGUCGAGAUAACAUUUUUCGAUCAUCCGAGUCCAUAA